AUGGAGCAAAAUGAUUCUUUGAAGGCAUCUAAUUCCAUUUCAAAAGAUAAUGAGCUAAAAAAUAGUUCAGGAGAUGUUGGAUGGGAAACUGCAGUUGUUAAAGAUGUUAGUAAACCUAAUAAUGUAAGAUGCACAUUGUGUGACAAAGUAACAAAGGCCGGGAUUAAUAGGCAUAAAGUGCACAUAGCAGGCAUCAAGGGAAUGGGUGUGAAAUCGUGUCCUAAAGCAAGUCAAGAGCAAAAAGCCAAGUGUCGUGAAGCACUUGAAGAGAUUAAGUCUAAGAAGUUAGAGAAUGCAUUGAAUAAAGCUAAGUUGAGGGAAGAUGUAGUUAUAUCUAUGUCUACACGUGAGGAAGAAGAGGAAGACAUUUCUAUCAUUGAAGGGGGAAGGAAAAGGCCUAUACAUGGAGUGGUGGAGAGAACAAAAGAAACUCUUAAGAAGCAAGAAAAAGAAUGGAAAAAUAACGGGUGUUCUAUUAUGACCGAUGCUUGGAGUGAUAACAAAAGAAGAAGUAUCAUGAAUUUGUGUGUGAAUUGUAAAUUGGGAACCACAUUUCUCUCUUCAAAGGAAACUAAUGAUGAUGUCACACUGGUGAAUACAUCUUUGAAUAUGUCAAUGAAUGGAAUCUCUAAACUUCCUAGCUUCAAAGGAGUGAUUAGGAAGGCAAAAUCAUUUACUAUUUUCAUCUAUGCACAUCAUAAGACUUUGGCACUAAUGAGGAAGUUUACAAAAAGGGAGAUAGUUCGGCCGGGAGUCACUAGAUUUGCUACAUCUUUCUUAACAUUACAAAACUUGUGUUUGAGAGUGUUUACUUCAUUAGUGAAAGUUCUUAGACUAAUUGAUGGAGAGGAGAAACCUUCAAUGGGAUUUGUUUAUGGAGAGCUACUAAAGGCAAAGGAUGACAUUAUAAAGACGUUGAAGAGAAAAGUGACUAUAUGCCAAUCUUGA